GUUGUGCUAUCAUCACAAGUAACGUCGGAAACAUCCGUAAUAAGGAUGGUUGAAAGAGCAACGAGACGUUCUAUUAACAGCUGUCUGAUAUUCAGUGCGUGAUAACUUUAUUUGAUGGUGUUAUCCUUCACAGCUGCAGCGUGAAGCCUCUGUUCUUCAGUGACUGCAGCUGCUCCGAUGCUCUCUGCAGGAUGCUGCUCUUUAAGUAACAAUUAAAUGCAAGACAACAUCCGAAUCGCGGUGGAGACACACGGAUUACAUCUGUAUUUUCUGUAAUCGUGUGUUAACCUGAAGGCUGUUCUAUCUCUGUUAGGAUGUCGUCCUCAGGAAAUGCUGCGUCAUGUAAAGUGUGUGAAGAAUCCCCCCCCACAUCCCCUCCUGACCCCCUGAGACUGGUUCUGCUGGGACGGACUGGAACAGGCCGAAGCUCCUCUGGAAACACCAUCCUGGGCCGGAACGCCUUCUGCGUCAAAGUGUCCCCCUCCUCCGUCACCAAACACUGCAUGACACACACAGGGACGGUGUUUGGACGGAGUGUCUCUGUGGUCGACACUCCGGGUUUCCUGCACACACACCUGUCCCCUGAGGAGGUCAUGGCGGAGGUGGGACGAUCUGUGGCAAUGUCAUCCCCGGGGCCUCACGCCUUCCUGGUGACCCUAAAUCUCGGCAGGUUUACCCCGGAGGAGAGGGACGCGUUGGAGUGGGUGAAGGCGACGUUUGGGCCUGGAGUCGUCAUGUAUACGGUGGUGUUGUUCACCUGGGGGGAGCAGCUACAGGGGAAACGGGUGGAGGACUUUCUGGGGGAGAAUCCUGAGCUGUGGGAGUUUGUCAAGAGCUGCGGGGGGUAUCAUGUUUUUGAGAAUAGUGGAAAACAAGAAACCAAGGAGUGCUCACAACAAGUCAUUGAGCUUUUAAACAAGGUAGACCAGGUUGCAGGGGGAAAUGGAGGCAGUUGCUAUAGCAAUGCUGCGUUUAAGGACGCUCAGAGGGCCGUGAAGGAGGUGCAAGAGAGGAUUUCAGGAGAAAGAAGACUCGAAGUUGAUAAAGAAAAAGAGGAGCAGAGGUCAGACUCAGAGAAGAGGAUGGAAGAGGAGGAGAGGAAAAGGGCGGAGAGGCUUUUCUGGUGCGAGCUGGUGACGGCGGUGGGGAAGGGUGCAGCAGAGGGGGCGGGGAUCCUGGGGAAGGACGAGGGGAAAGGGAAGGUGGUGAAGAAGGUGAAGGUGGUGGAGAGGGCGGCGGCUCUGGCAGCGUCGCCUCUCUCCAUCACUUCUGCUGCUAAAGCGGUGGGAGGAGCGGUGAGGGAGGGGAGCAAGGUGCUGUAUAAACACAGGAAGACCUUCAUGAAAACUCCACACUGAGGAGCCAGUCAGGGGGCUGCAACCAAUUAUAUAUAUUUAAUUCAUUAUUUGAUUCAUACAUUAAUUUCUACUUUUCAUCUUUGUUAUUUAAAUAUCUUUUCUCAUUUAUUUCAAUUUGAUCCUUUGCGGCAAAUAUUUGCUUCCUAUGUUUUUAUACAGUUUCUAUUUCUAUUUAUUUAAACAUUUGUUUUAUUUUUUAUUCUAUAAUGGACCUUUAAACCUGCCCAAUAUUUCUCAGAUUAAAUCGUUUGAUUUUUCAAAUGUUAGGAGAUUGUGAAAAAUAUAAAUAUAUAUUUCUCUAAGUGGGUUUUAAAUGUCAGAAAA